UUGGAUAUCUGUGGAUAACAGUCACUCUUCUUCCUACGUAUAUAUCCAACUCAUAAAUAUCUUGCUCUCAAAAUAUCUAGCAACCUUUACUUUUCUGCAUUACCCUCGUUUCUCUCUCUCUAUGUUCGUCCACGAGCAUGGAUUCCCUUGCUUGCAUUGCCAACCACAAGACUAUAUUAGAAUGGUUCAACAUCUGAUAGAGAGGUGUCUGCUGUUUCAUAUGAGCAGAGAUGAUUGCAUCAAGGCACUUGCAAAGCAUGCUAAUAUUCACCCAGUUGUCACUCUUACAGUGUGGAAAGAGCUUCUCAAAGAGAAUAAGGGAUUCUUCAGAGCUUAUUUCAACGGUAUUUCUCCUAGACACUCAACCAGUAGAGCUGCUGCUGCUGCUGCUGCUGGUGGAAGGGUAGCUCCCUUGACCCGUGUGGCUUGUUACACGUCCAGUUACCAAUAUCAUAAAUAGGCUUAUAUGCUGGUGUAGAUAGCUGCAGAUUAAGUCGUAAAUUAUAUGAAAAUUGAUAUCAAGCACAUGAGAUUCCAAAGCUAUAGUUCCUUCUCA